AUGCAACAUGGAUUCAUGGUGUUUGCCUUGACUUCUGCUCUGCAAGACUUUCCUUGUGAUCUCUGGCAUGAUGUAGAUGGUGGCAAGGAUGAGGAUAUAUUUGACAUCAAUGAUGCUUUGGGACUGAACCUUUUUGAAGGAGACAUUGAUCUUGGUGGGAGAGGCAGAAGUUCCAUUGUUGGUGAUCAAUAUAGAUGGCCUCACAUCAUCCCUUAUGUCCUUGAAGAUAAUUUGGAAAUUAAUGCUAAAGGAGUUGUUCUGCAGACAUUUGAACAGUACCACCUAAAAUCCUGCAUCGACUUUAAACCACGGGAAGGAGAAGAGAAUUAUAUUUCAGUGUACAAAGGACGUGGGCGCUUUUCUUUAGUAGGCAAUAAUGAUGCUGGCCAGCAGCCACUUUCCAUAGGAUCCCACUGUGACAGAAUAGCUUUAGUUCAACAUGAGCUCCUACAUGCCCUGGGGUUCUGGCAUGAACAGUCCCGUUCAGAUCGAGAGGACAAUAUUAUAGUAAUGAGGGACAGAAUUUUGCCAGCUUCUUCCAUAACCUUUAUGGAUUCAUGUGAUUUUGAACUGGAAAAUAUCUGCGGCAUGAUUCAAGGCUCAGAAGAUAAUGGUGACUGGCAAAGGGUUUCUCAGGUGCCUGGUGGGCCUGACACUGAUCAAUCAAAUCUGGAUAAGUGCAAACGCUGUGGUUUCUUUAUGUACUUCAACAGCAGCUCUGUGAAAGUUGGGGAAAAGGCAAUCCUGCAAAGCCGAGUAUUUUACCCCAAGAGAAAGUUUCAGUGCUUGCAGUUCUGUCACUACAAUAGUGGUAACAAAGAUGACCAGCUCAAGAUCUACAUCAGGGAGUAUACCUCAGAAAAUGGUAAUGGCUCUCUUACUCUGGUGGAUGAAGUGAAAGAUGCACCCAUUGGGAACUGGCAACUGCAUUAUGUACCAUUGACAGUUACCACCAAUGGUACUGAAAGAACUCGAGGUGUUGGCACAUCAGCUGGUGGUCUCUCCAUUGGUGACAUCAACCUUUCAGAAACACACUGUCCUCAUCACAUUUGGAAGAUAAGCAAUUUCAUGCAACUCAUUAGCUCAAGGAGAAUCAUUUUUAGCCCUCCAUUUUAUUCUCCUACAGGCUACACCUUUCACAUUCGGUUGGAGCUAAACAAUCGGAAGCAUAUAGGGAUAUUUUUCUCCCUGAUCUCUAGAACCAAUGAUGAAAAAUUGCAGUGGUCAUGUCCAUGGCAACAAGCCACAAUGGCACUAUUGGAUCAAAAUCCUGAUAUUCAUCUCCGUAUGUCCAACCAGAGGAGUGUUACUACAGAUCCAUUUAAAAAAAUCUGUGCUUUUUCAGGUAAUGGAAAUCAAACCUUUUUUUGGGACAAGCCCUCCAAAGUAGGAGUGAUGGCAACAUUCCCCAAUGGAACAUCAUAUAGCAGAGGUUGGGGAUAUGGAACCAGAGCCUAUAUAACCCACCAAAGGACGUGAAACAGAGAUUUUAUCAAAGGAGAUACUGUUUACAUCCUUCUGACUGUGGAAGAUAUAUCACAUCUCUUUUUCACUGAGUCAUCAUCUAUUCCUAUGACAUCAGAACCUAACUCAUGUGUCUGUGAAGGAUUCAUCUGUGAGAAUGAUGACAUCUGUGUUAUCCAUAAUGACAAAGCAGAAUGCAGGCGUAAAUCAGGUAAAGACUGGUGGUACAUGGGAGAAAAAUGUGAGAGGAAAACCUCCACCAAGAAUGCCAUAAUUGUAGAAGUACUCUUCCCUGCAGUUGUAUUUAUUACUAUGCUGACAGUGACUCUUGUGAGUGUCUACUGUGUUAAGAAGAAAUACAGCCUAAAGAAUAAUGCCAAUGCAUAGAAUAUCACCUUAGAACAUUACUUCCUGCUCCUCAUUCAAUCCAUGGAAGGGAUAGACAAUGUGACGUCAGCACACAGAGAGAAGAAAGCCUGGACUUUUUUAGCUGUCUUCUCCCUGAUUUCCUGUCUGCUGACUCAUAUUUUCUCUGAGAAAGGACUGAGGGAUGAUGUUGAUGAUGGGAGGAAGUGGGGUCUUGGGAGAGAACAAUGGCAUGAGAGGAUCUGGCUCUAUUAA